AAGGCCAGCCGGAGUCACACCCGCAGUCUAUUCUGGCUGGCACACACUAUAACAUUAAGACUCGUGAUAUAUUUUACUACUUUAAAUUCGAACGAGAUUUUAAGGCGAUGACGAGUUUGUUCAUCGCGCUGCUGGGUGACGGCGCCGUUGGGAAGACCUGUCUCUUAACUACUUAUAUACAGGGCGACUUCCCCACCGUGUACAUGCCCACCGUGUUCGAGAGCUACGUCGAGGCCAACAAGUUCAGGAACGAAUUUUUCGACUUCAGCUUCUCCAUCAUGGACACAGCCGGGCAGGAGGACUACACCAACCUGCGUCGCCUCCUUUAUCCGAAGGCCAGUGUCUUCAUCCUGUGUUACAGCGUAGAUAACGUCACCUCCUUCAGACAGGUGACGUCCUUCUGGGUCCCGGAUGUCACCCACAACGGCGGCGAGAAAAAGCCCAUUGUUUUAGUGGGCCUUAAGACAGACCUCCGUGGCGGCAGGAGUGACGAGGAGGUGGUGACGACGGCGCAGGGGAAGGAGCUGGCUCGCAGGAUCAGGGCUGAGCAAUUCUUCGAGUGCUCCGCCCGCUCCCUCACCGGUCUCGACGGCGUGUUCCGGGCGGCGGCGAAGGCGGCGGUCGCCUACCACAAGAGGAAGACCAGGAAGAGGCCCUGCGUCAUCAUCUGAGCCGAGAGGUUUAGAGAUGCGCCUGUGUACGGGUGUCCUCUGCAUUUGUAAAUAUAAUGUAAUAGUGUGUGUGUGUAUACAUGUGCGUUCGUAUGUACACACACA